UUUUUUUCUUUUCUUUUUUUUUUUUUUUUUGCCCUCCGCCACCGCAGGAACCUGAUGGCGCGAGCGGCUGUCUUCUUUUCUGGCAGCACUGCCAAGCUGCCCUCUGCAUCUCCAAGCCCCUGCAGCUGCCCGGCAAGAAGAAGAUGUGCAACUCGCCUGUCCAUGCCUUCCUCAAGGCCCUGCCCAAGUGCGAACAGCACAUCCACCUCGAGGGUGCCCUGACCCCGGCCGUUCUCUUCACCCUCGCUCGCCGCAAUGCCAUCACCCUCCCGCAGGACGACCCUGCCUACGCUUCUCCUGAGGCUCUCCUCGCCCGCUACCAACGCUUCACCUCACUCGAUGAUUUUCUGCACUACUACUACAUCGGCAUGUCGGCGCUGGUGACAGCCGGUGACUUUGAGGCCCUGGCGUGGGACUACUUCCAGCACGCCGCUGCCGAUGGCGUGCAGCAUGCCGAAGUCUUCUUCGACCCCCAGGCGCACACGAGCCGGGGAAUCGCUUACGCGACUGUGCUCGACGGCUUCACUGCCGCUCGCAAGCGCGCACAACGGGAACUCGGCAUCACUACCGAGCUCAUUUGCUGCUUUCUACGCCACCUGCCGCCGGCCGACUGCCUGGCCACGUUUGAGCACGAGGCAGUCCAGGCCAGCUACGUUGGCGGCCAAGUCACAGGCAUUGGACUCGACUCAUCCGAAGCAGACUUUCCGCCUACGCUGUUCGAGGAGCUCUUCUUCCGCGCCGGCAAGCUAGGCUUGAAGAGUACUGCGCAUGCAGGCGAGGAGGGUCCAGCAUCGUUCAUCGCGGACAGCCUCGACAAACUCGGCACGCAGCGCAUCGAUCAUGGCCGUCGCCUCACCGAAGACAAGGAGCUCAUGGCGCGCGUGGCCAGGGACAAGAUCCUAUUAACCACGUGCCCAUUGUCGAACGUGGUGCUGCGUGGCAUUAGCCACGUGCGCGAGAUGCCAAUUCGUGCCUUCAUUGAUGCCGGCGUCCGCUUCAGCAUCAACUCAGACGACCCGGCGUACUUUGGUGGCUACAUCCUCGACAACUAUUGCGCAGUGCAGGAGGCAUUCCAACUCAGCCUCAAGGACUGGGAUUGGAUCUGUCGGGGCGCGAUCGAAGGGAGCUGGUGCGCACAGGAGCGCAAGGACGAGCUGCUGAAGGCGCUGGACGAGCUGCUGAAGGAGUGGGAGGGGAAGAGCAUAGAGGGUUGAAUGGUUUUUGUUUGCCCAGACGAGAUAGACCGAGAUACCAAGACAUAUCGUGUCACCGAUGCCGGGAUGCAAAACGAUGUUGAUACCCGGGG